AUGGGCAUACAAGAUCUGCAAACUUUUUUAGAAAAUGAAGGAGUAGGUGUUGAUUUAUUCAAAAUAGCGAGAAAUCAUGCUGGUGGUUUUCGUUUAGUACUCGACGCUGAGGGUUGUCUGGAUCGUCUUUACGGAGGAUAUUUUUCAGAUUGGGCUUGCGGUGGACAAUGGGCGCGAUGUGUACAAUUUUUGACAACAUUGGCACAAGCACUAGCUGAACAUCAAGUAGCACUUUGUGUUUGUUUCAAUGGUGCUCACCCAACCCCACCAGCAGUGCCACAGCACUGGAUUCAAACUCAAGCAACAUACAGGCAAAGGGUUAAUUCGGUAUUGCGUCAUAUUGUAACUAAAGGUACUCCACCACCAAAAGUUUGGUGGGUACCUCCAACUGGUCUGCAUUCGUGCCUUAGAACUGCUCUCAGAUACUUAAACAUACCUAUUAUGGUAUCUUCAGAUGAUCAUUGCCAAGAGGUUGUUGGCCUGUGCAGAGAGAAAACCUAUGCUGGUCUUGUAGGUUGCUCUGGAGAGUAUUUAGUUUUUCAACCACCUAGAUACUUCAGUUCAUCACAGUUAAAACUAACUUACAGGUCGUCAUUGGAAACGAAAGAAUAUAUGGUGCAUGAGCUACCAAGAGUUUUGGAUGUACCUCAAGACAGACUGUGCCUCAUGGCUGCAUUACUUGGGGGCACUAUAUUAUCUGAACAAAGUCUUCAAGACUUUUAUAAGCGUUUAGGAAUCACUCAAAAAAAGCAACAGGUCCCACCAGAAAUCCUCAUUAAAACCAUUUCUCAAUUUGUCCGCGACUUGCCUUCAGCUGAUGUUGAUGCUGCUUGUAUUGAAAUAUUUGGUGAUAUGAAUGAUCUUCGCGCUGCUAAAUUGAAGCAAGCUGUGCAGUAUUAUCUUAAUGGAACUAAAGAUGGUUUCUUAAAAUAUAGGACAGCGUCUGGUCGUCGCCCAAAAACCAACAAAAAAAAUCAGAAACAAGAAAUGAGCCCUCAGUCAACUUCUGCUGAUUUGGAUACAUCUAAGCUGGCAACUGAAUCAUCUGAACAUGAGCAAAAAGGCUUGGAAGAUUACAAACUGGCAACUGCAAAUGCUUCAAUUCAUGCUGACUUUGGCAUGGAAGAGGGCACCAAUGAUAUGAGCCAUGCUAUUGCAUCGAUGUCACUUGAAACCGGUGAUGGAGUUCCGGCUCAACAACAAGCAGCUAAAGUUGGUGAAAGAAAUGAAAAAGAACCUACUACAUCCAAGGAGGGAGUACAAAGUGGGGGUAAAGUGGCUCAGAGUGAAGAUAAUUGUCCACCGGCCCCGGCUGAAGUAUUACGAACAUGCGCCGAGCGACAUGCACGCGGUCUCAUGCACCCACAAAUGCUUUCCAUUCUUACACACCGCCAAGUAACUCUGCAUGUUCUUAUGGAAGAUGAUAACCACCGCGAAAUACCAUCCAUACAUCAUUUCUUCAGACCCAUUAGACAAAAUGUUUAUGCUAUUUUGUACAACAUGCAUCAUCAUCGCUUUAUGGCACAAAAAGCUAAAGAGGAAGGCACAAGUGUUCCUUCAGCCAAUGAAAAGCCAUGCACAGUUCAAGUUGCUGAAUGGAUUUACUCACGUGUAAAUCCUGGAAAGAGCCCAGAAUUGGUACCUGGAAUAGUUUUGGACUGGCCCGUACCCACAGUGCAAAGGCUCUGGUUCGGAACGGCACAAGAUGAUAAGUGUCGACGGAUGCGCGCUUUUCUUUCGUGCAUGCGUUCUGACACUCCAUUAAUGUUGAAUACAUCCUACGUUCCACAACAUUUGUUGAUUUUAGCUACAGUAUUAAGGUUCAUCAUGACAUCUCAGAUUCAAAUUCUGCGGCGACAAGAAUUGGAUGCAUUUUUGGCAACAGCUUUCUCUAAUGAUCUCAUGAAUGCUCUUCAUUUGCAAGAGAUGACUGUGAACGGCAUGAGCGCGCGCGGCGUGCAGCUGGGCGCGCUGGUGAUGGCGGGCGCGGAGGCGGCGCUGCUGGCCAACGACGCGUGCGGCGCGCCCGUGCCCUGGCUGGUGGCCGCGCCCUGGCUCUACUUCGACGGCAAGCUGCUGCAGCGCAACCUGCACCGCGCCGCGCACUGCAAGCACCUCGCGCAGCUCUGCGACAACCACCUCGACACCGUCGUCAAGGUGGAGAGAAUGCGCAAAGCUAUACUGGAGGGUCUAGAGGUGGAGUUCGCGAUGCCACCGCUGCCGCUCGUGGCGGGCGUGGUGGGCGGUCCGCUGGGCGGGCAGCUGGGCGGGCAGCUGGGCUGGGCGCGCGGGCGCGGCCGCGGCGCCGGCGCGCGGCUGGAGAUCGCCGGCGUCGUGGUCGGCCAGUGGGGCGGCGGCAGCUACCCGGCGCGCACGCACCGUUACCCACAGCAGGUGAGCUACGUGGGCUACACGCCGCCGCCGCGCAACGCAUACGGCGGGCGCGGGUGGCGCGGCGCGCGCGGGCGCGGGCGCGGGGCCGCCGCCGCCCCCCGCGCGCCCCGCACGCGCCCCGCGCGCCGCCCGCGCCGCGACCACGACGAGCCCGCCAAGCCCGCCACGCUCACCGUCAACGGAAAAACUGUGCGACCAGAAGAUUUAAGUAUUCAGGGUGAUGAUGGCAGUCCUCAUGAAGACAAUGCUAUGCCAGAAAAUGAAGCUGAAGGUUCUCAACCUCAGAAAAGCAAAUCUGGUAAAAAUGUAAAAAAAAGUGUUGGAAAAGGGAAAAAGAAGGGCCCAAACCAGAAGACUGACGUAGCCCAAUCACUAGAGGCAAAUGGGCCUCUUGAUAAGAACAAGGUGGUGGAGCUUAGCCAUAACUCUGAAAAGGAGCACAUUGGUCAAGGCGAUGCGCCAGAGCCUAACUAA